UCCAGAAGAGGUCGGUCGCUGCAGGAGUAACGGGGAUGGGUUCAUUUUUAUUUACGCUGUAAAGAGUUCGGAAGUUUAGUUCACUCCGAAGUCCCGGAGCAGGGUCGCUUUCCUGGAAUGCAGCGUGUCGGAGGGGAAAGUGGAGCGGGUACUGUUGUGCCGUCGCCUCCGACAAACUCUGCGCCUAUGACCUCCGUAUGCCAGGACGAGGAAGAGUUUGACUUCAGCUUCCUCUUCGAGUUUAACCAGCGUGAUGCAGCCUCCAGCAGCCCCGGAGAAGCCUACAGUUUUGCUUCACCACAUGUCACAGUCACUCCAUCAACAGGUAUGGUAAAUCCUUCCAUACCAAUAUCCUGCCAUGGGCUGCAGUCUUCAAGUCCACUGACCUCUGUGUUACCAUCAACAAAUCAAAUGAUGGGAUAUGGGGGAAACAUUGACACUGGAGCUCCAAGCUACUACUUGACUCCUAAUAUAAGACCAAAUGGUGCUCCAACGCUUGAGAGUCCAAGGAUUGAAAUUACUCCUUAUCCAGGAAUACACAUUGGCCAUAAUCAAUUUACUGGUGAAACUGAGCUGGAUGGAGUGGAGAAUGGCUCAGGUUGUAAACGUUCCAAUUCAUUAGUUACACUGACUCUGCCAAAUGCAGAUGCCUACAGAGAUCCCUCAUGCUUGAGCCCAGCAAGCAGUCUUUCGUCUCGAAGUUGCCAUUCUGAAGCUUCUGAAUCCAGUUAUUCCAUUCCUUAUGAUACCUCUCCGCUGACUUCUCCUUGGCAGUCACCAUGUGUGUCACCUAAGGGCACAGCCCACGAGGAAGGAUUCGCUCGUGGACAAGCUGCAUGCACGCUGUGGAAUUCACCAAGGCAUUCGCCGGGCACUUCACCAAGAACAAGUAUCACCGAGGAGAACUGGCUGAACCCACGACCAACCUCCAGACCUUCGUCGAGACCACAGUCGCCUUGUGGCAAACGAAGGCAUUCAUUCAAUGGAGGAUACUUCCGACAACCAUCCUAUUCGCCACAUCAUUCUCGAACACCAUCACCUCAAGCCUCGCCUCGCGUAAGCGUAACUGAGGAGACAUGGUCGGGGAGUGGAAACCAGUACAAUUCUGCUAUUCUUGCUGCCAUUACAGCACUCACCACUGACACUUGUAUGGAUAUCAAUGACAGUAUUCCUGUCAAGUCGCCAAGAAGAACUAUACAAGACCAAAGCCCUUCCAUGUUGCUCAAACCUGAACCAGGGAAUGAUGAACAAAGAGCCUAUUCACCAUGUGGUGAUCCAACGCAAGAAGAAUUUUCUACAUCUCGCCUUCUUAUCAAAAAAGAAACUUUCUGUGAACAGUAUUUAUCAGUACCUCAGCAUCCAUAUCCAUGGUCUAAACCAAAAUCUGUAUCAUCAUCGUCUUCAUCCUUUGCCAGCCCUUCUCUGCCUGCCCUCGAUUGGCAGUUGCCAUCCCAUUCAGGACCUUAUGAGCUUGAGAUUGAGGUGCAACCUAAAUCACAUCACAGAGCACAUUAUGAAACAGAGGGCAGUCGUGGAGCUGUAAAGGCAUCUGGUGGGGGACACCCUAUUGUGCAGCUCCAUGGUUAUAUGGAAAGUGAACCACUCACUUUACAGCUGUUCAUUGGGACAGCAGAUGAUCGUCUGUUGCGACCCCAUGCUUUCUACCAGGUCCAUCGAAUCACUGGGAAGACAGUUUCCACAAGCAGCCAUGAAACCAUCAUCAACAACACCAAGGUGCUGGAGAUUCCACUGUUACCAGAAAACAACAUGAGAGCAAAUAUUGAUUGUGCUGGAAUACUGAAACUUAGGAAUUCUGAUAUUGAGCUGAGGAAAGGUGAAACUGACAUUGGAAGGAAGAAUACAAGAGUGAGACUGGUCUUUCGUGUACAUAUUCCACAACCUAAUGGUAGAACUAUUUCGCUGCAGGUCUCAUCAAACCCAAUUGAGUGCUCCCAAAGAUCUGCACAGGAAUUGCCACUGAUAGAAAAGCAAAGCAUUGACAGAUAUCCUGUGAUUGGUGGAAAGAUGAUGAUUUUAAGUGGUCACAACUUCCUCGCAGAGUCAAAGGUCAUCUUUGUGGAAAAGGCAGCAGAUGGACAUCAUGUGUGGGAGACUGAGGCUAAAACAGAUAAGGAGUUUUUCAAACCUAGUUCGCUCAUAGUUGAAAUCCCACCCUAUCGCAAUCAACGCAUUACGAGCCCUGUUCAAGUUUAUUUCUAUGUAUGCAAUGGGAAACGGAAGAGGAGCCAAAGCCAGCGUUUCUCGUAUCUACCUGCUAAUGUUCCUGUUAUAAAAACAGAACCCACCGAUGACUACGAACCUGCCUUGGUCUACGGAUCGCUUAAUCAAGGGAUGAACCCAGUGUCCCAGACUUACUACUCCCAACAGGUCAUGACACCCGAAAUGGCACCGGAUCCUGGUUCUUGCCUUGUAAGUAGUUUUCCCUCUUGUCAGCAACGAAGCACUGGGUUGUCGUCUUCCCCCACUUCAGGUCACAAACAGCAUGAAAUUACACCCAUCUCUUACACCAAAUGUGUCAGCACACCUACCAGUGCUCAGCUCAGUCACCAGCAGUCUGGAGCGACAGUACCCACUAUCCAAGAAGUGCAUAGAUCUGUUGUUGUGCAUCCAAGUUCACCCACUCAUUCAGCACAUGUUAUGAUGCAGCCCCAGAUGAGUCAGCAUCUGAACAGCAGCUGUUCCCAUGGUUUCCAGCAAACUCUGUAUCCCAACAAUCUUUCUCCACAAGGCCCGUCCGCUUCCCCAGAGGCUGCUUAUGUGCAGCCCUUCAGCCCCACUAACUCAGCAGGCAUGGGUCAACAGCAACAAGCUCCGAAGACUCCAAGAAAUGGAUCUCAGUCUAGUCCAUCAAUGAUGCUGCCAGUGCACCAGGAGAACAGUCAGGAUUUGACACCCUUGCAAGUUACAGUGAAGCAGGAGCCUCAAGAACUGGACCAGUUGUAUCUUGAUGAUGUAAAUGAAAUCAUACGAAAUGACCUCUCAAGUGCCUCUGUUCAUGGACAUUCAUAGUUAAAGUUAGUGUCAAGACCAUGAAAAGAUCCAUAAUGAUCCACUGUCAUUAUGAAAAUGUUGAUCAUGUGAAGAUCUCAGGCUAUGCUGCCUCGAAGGAAAAUUGUUCGAUGUAAACAAAAAACUGUUAUUUCUCUUUCUAGAAAUAAUUCACUUCAGGUAACAGAACAAAGUUGACUUGUUUCGUAAUAACUGAAUAGUAUCAGAUGGUGAUUAGGCACCACUCCCAUUGAACAGUUAUUUGGAUGAGUUCUCAGUUUCAGCAAGAACUGUCUUCCCAAAUCAUUCCAACAAAAUUCACAUAAACAUUUAAAGAGUUCCAAAGAAUUGAUUGAUGUUAUUGUGAAAGAAUAUGUUGAGUUUAAAAAAAUUAGACUUUCAAAAGUAUGCAAAUAUAAGUGCCUUAUGUUUACUUUUUGUUACAAAAGAAGAUUCUUUGUAUUGUACUUUAUUAAAAGAAUCACAAUUUUAGAAAUGAAUAUUAGCACAUGCUCUUUGUAGGAAUAUUUUGUUAGCAAGAAAUUUGCAAGAAAACAGGAAAUUAAUGUGAAUUAGUAGGCAUAUCACAAUACUUGUGUUCACUAAGGAGUCAUGCUUAGCUCUUCAGUGGAAGGAGGGUAUCCAACAAUGUGUGUAACUGUACUGUACUUUGCAUUUCAGUUCAAAGCAACUCUGUAAUCCAUUCAAUGACUCCACUAAUGGCAUAGAUCUACCCAGAGAAAAUUCCUUAUCUCAGCUGCUCAAGUCGUAGCUGAGCCUUGGUUACGUUGUCAUCCCUUUAUAUUAUUUGAAUAGAAUGAAACCUCUCAAACACACAGAGAUUCCAAGAGACUGUUUUGAAUAGCCUUACGGAGAUACCAUCAGCAUCUCCAGAAAUAUGGGUGUGCAGAUCAUAGCCAGGUGCUGUCAUGACAUGGAUUGGAUUAAAGAUUUAAGAAAAACAUACAACAAAGUGAUUAGAUAUUUUGAUUUUUUUGCUGAAUUGUUUGCUUGCUGCUCUCCUGUGUACAUUUUCACAAAUAUGUUGAAACCUGUCAUCUUUCACUGGUUGUAUUGUUUGUUUUAUGUACAAUAAACUCAAAAGAAUGGGUUAAUAAUUGUCACUUUUGCAAUGCAAAUUAGGAAAUAUUUCACAACAAAAGUAACUUCAGAACCUAUGCGCACAAAUGUUGAAAGAAAAUAAGUGUAAAGUUUCAGAACAAUAGUGGAGAUAGUCUUUUUUUUUCCCUUGUCCAGCAAUGAACGUAACUAUUAGCAGAACACUCAAUGCAUAGUUAAGAUCUCAGUCCAUGCUACUGCAUAUUAGCUACCAGUAUUUUUAACCAACUAGAAUAGUAGUUGUUUCCUCUUUUACAAGAGUAGAAGCACAUUUCCUUACCUUUUGCAAUUGUGCCAGCACUUUAGAAAGCAUAGUACAAUACAGUACGAAGAAAUCUGCCUCAGCAGUUAUUUUAGUUUUAUUUUUUAAGAAAUUUCAUGUCAGGCUUCAACUUCUUGGCUCACUAGGCUGUAAAAAGCAUUUUACAAACCUUAAAUGCAAACUGCUACAGGAUUAUUGCAUUAUGUUAUGUUAAAUCUUUAAAUAUUGUGCUCUGGACAGUAGUUGACCAGAGAUUUGGUUUUUAAAAUAGAAUAUCAUAACAUAUAGCUUAACUAGCACUAAAAGUUGCUCUUUUAGGUUAUAGUUUCAUUGUAGAUUAGUCCUGAUUUCUUACAAAAACCGUUAGUUGUUUCCAGUUUGAGUGCCUUAACCAGUAGUGCCCUCUCUAGGUGUUGCCCAGAAAUUACAUGGUUGCAUUUCUAGAUUAAUAUAUCAAAUGGAUCAUGGUCACAGCAUCUAAUGACGAACUGAAGAAAACAAAUGUGUGGUAUACAGUCACUCAUAUAAUCUAAUCAACAAAGUGAAAACAGAUUAAUUGCUGUGUUCAUGGUAUUGCCUUAUCCAUUGCCACAAAGCCAUCUGAGUAGCUUAUUGUGAAGCAUUUAUAGCAUGUUGUGGCAAAGUAACAUAUAAAUAGGGCAAACUCCAGAGGACCCCACUGAAGAUUCUGCUUCCUAGCUUUGGGGAGUUGAAAAGCAAUGCAACCACAUCUGCUUAUAGAUAAUGAGACACUAUACCUUCAGUUGUCAGGUCUUUUAAUGCCUCUUAUUCUUCCCUCAUACCUCUGGCUCAUUGUAACCUGUUUCCCGCUACCUAAAUAUCCGUUAGUGCCACAUAUACUUGACUGUGUUUAGGAUCAGAUUUAUCUCUUAUUCACAUAGUGGCUUUUGGCAAAUAGAUGUCAAUAUAGAUUAGCUUUGAGAAGUGCCACUUGUAACUUAAAUGAAAAAUUGGGAAAGAAACACCAAUCAUGCUUGAGGAAAAUCUCGUGGCAUGUUCUCCAUUGUAUUUAAUCUAUUAAUGUAGGGUUACUAAUUUUGUUUUAUAAGAUUACUAUUACCCCUAAGCAUGUCGUAUAGAAUUAUAAUGAGAAGUGCUGAAAUGGUUGUUUCUAGAAUUUGUACAGCUGGUUGAUUUUAUUUUACUAUUGCUUUGAAAGCACUGCCAGCUCAUCACAACAGUGCAAAAUAAUUGCAAAGUUGCUUUUGUCUGCUGGUGUAAACUUGUUAAAAAAAAAGGCUUUAACAAGGCAGCUUGUUAUUGGCAAUACAACUGCAUUGCAUUAUAGGUGAAUACUUGCAGUUUUCUACACUGCACUAGCCAAACAGGCCCUUGAUGAGUUAAGCCCUUUUAUGAUCUCUCAAAAUGGUUAGCUGCCAUUUUUCUUACUUUUAUUUGUAUACUUUUCUUUUUGAAUUUGUAUUUUUGCUGCAUUUUAUAGGGAAAAGAAUGUCUCUGUUUUCCAGAGCUGUGCCCAGAAAGGAACCAAAGGAGGGGCUGGAGUUCGAUUCUCCUUUAGAAUGUACAAUAACAUUGUGUCACUGGUUAAAAUUUCAUGGGCAAAACACACUCCAUUUUCUCAUUUGUUCAGGAAUGGCUGUUAAGUUAAAUAGACAAAGUUCCUGUUUUGUGUGUUGUGUCUUUGAUGUUUUCCAAAGCUUGGAUUUUCCUGUAUAUUUGUAUCAGUGUUUUUUUUUGCAUUCUUGCUGUUAGUGUAACCUGUUUCAUGGAAGUUAUCAAAUAUUU